CAUUUCCGACAUUGAGAAAGAGAUUCUUGAAAAGUUCUCUCUCUAACCUCCUCCGGACUGCUCCGAGUUCGAGCACUGUUUCUUUGCAGAAACUGUAGGCAACUACCAGUCCAUAACUCCACAGCCAUACUUAGAAGGACAAGGUUUAUGUUGGCCUGGCUUGAUUAUUGCAUUGCAGUCUGUCGCAAAUUGGUUACAAUUUAAGACAAUUAUUAUUGUCUAUAUAUAUCUUACAGAAUUCUACGUAUGAACGAUGGCAUCUAAAGUGACAUUCAGAGUAACUCUCACGUCCGAUCCUAAUCUACCAUAUAAAGUACUUAGUGUACCAGAAAAUACUCCAUUUACUGCUGUAUUAAAAUUCGCUGCUGAGGAAUUUAAAGUGCCACCAGCUACAUCGGCUAUAAUUACAGAUGAUGGAAUAGGAAUUAAUCCUCAACAAACUGCAGGAAAUGUAUUUCUUAAACACGGCGCGGAACUCAGGUUGAUUCCUAGGGAUCGUGUUGGAUAUACUAGAUAAUUUAUUUAAUAUUGUAUUUA